AAGCGUCUGAAAUCUGAACAGUGAUCCCGGAUUCUUCCAGACAGAUAAUAAGUUAUUGUUUCUUCGUUCUUGUUCGCCGUAUCCGUCCCUCGCAACGCGUCGACAUCGUCGUCAUCUACGAGGAAGUCUCAGCGACGCGCUACAAUUGGCAGCAUUGUUCGCCGAGCGAUCUUGCGCUUGUCAACUGGAGUUGACCUGGGACUGUAGUUCCUGUAGUUGUUGCGAGGUGAUUACGAGGAAAGAACGCUUUAUUUUCCGCGAUAGUUUUGAAAUCGAGCGAAAAGAGGAGGCCGAGUUUCCGUGCCGCGACGUGGCUCUGAGCGAUCCGUCUCCGGAACAAGUCGGGCAGCAUGGAUGACUUACAGAAUUACAAGCUGCAGCUCCAGCAGGUGGAAGCGGCUCUCACGACAGAUCCGAAUAACGAGGAGUUGAUAAAACUGAAGUUCGAUCUGAAGGAAGUAAUAAAGCUGACACAUGAUUUAAUUAAGUCACAACAGCAGGAAAAAAGACAAGCCAAUGGCAUGGACCCUAAAGAUCCUAUUUUGCUUGCAGUUCUGGCCAAUAAGUGGAAAGUCGGCGAUCAGUGUAUGGCACCUUGGAGCGAGGACGGCAAGUAUUAUGAGGCAACUAUAGACACGAUAAGCGAAGAUGGAAUAGCAAAUAUAACGUUCAAUGAGUACAAGAAUACCGAUGUCGUUAUGCUUAGUCAGCUAAAAUCUGUUGCUAAGAGGCCAGCAUCAGAUUGGGCAGAUCAAAAAUCAAAAAAAAUGCAAGCAGCUGCAGUUGCGGGUUCGGAUCCAAACAAGCAAAGGGAAUAUCUUAAGAAGAAGAAGCAGAGGAAAUUACAACGAUUCAAAGAACUGGAGGAGGAACGCGAAUUGGAGAAGAACAAGUGGCUAGCAUUUACCAACAAGUCUUCGAAAAAAGGUGUCAUAAAGAAGAGCAUCUUUGCGACACCGGAGAACGUAAAUGGUCGUGUGGGGAUUGGUACCUGCGGCGUCAGUGGUCGGGAAAUGACCAAGUUCAGUAACGGGGAGAAGUGGAGGCGGGGAGCUUAAAUAACUUAUAUGUACAUAAAUAGAUAUAUUGUAACUUGGUGAAAGAGAUAGAAAGUAAUUGUGGAAUUAUCGUUAUAUUAUGUCAAAGACUGGUUGGUUCACCGGAACGCUUCUGCGAUACGCGGGUGAACGAACGGGACACGAUAACUUGCUCGCAAGAUUACCGACGAUUUCACAAGUGGAGUGUAGAUAAAGUAUCUUCUCUUAACAACAUCGAUCCUACAUGUACUGAAACGAUUUCGAAUUUUUUACCGUAACGCUGUUAAAAAAAAAAAAGUAAUCGCAGCGAAUAAAUGUGUUUUUAGGUUAAUACAUUUCCGCUUGAGCAUAUCUUGUUUACAAUUUCAUUGAUACGAAUAAAUGUAUAUUUUAACGUGCA